AUGAUCAGAUCAACUACUGCUAAGUUGGGGAAACGCUGUGCGACUUUACGUGUUAGAGCUAGUCCCAUUUUGAGACCUCUAGUUGCGACUAGAUGCAUUACCAAUAAGGCAGAUGAAGUAUUCACUAAACUAAGUGAUGAGAAUGACCCCAAGAGGGAUGCGUUUUUCAAUUAUUCAUGGGGGUCUUGGUUAGUCAAUGAUAAACAAGAGAAAGCUAAAAGAGUUACUAAGUUUUCCCUUGAAGGUUUAACUGAUGUCUUGAAUGAAAUCUAUGCAGAUUCUCAACAAUUGGCUAAAACCGUUAAGAGUAAUAGAAUUCCUGCACCUAAUCACAAGAAAAAUUUGAUCGUUACUCUACCUCAUAAUACCAUGAUUAAAGAUUUGGGUACUGUUAACCCCAAUGAAAAAGUUAGAGUGAUACGUAUGGCUAGUAUCCAUGAGGGAAAACAUCACAGAAUCUACAAGUUGGAUACCAAUAUAGAUAGAUCAUUUGUAUUGAGAAUUCCAUAUGCUCUAGAAAAUGGCCAUGUUAUAGAAAGUAGAUUGAAAAGUGAAGUUGCCACUAUGGAUUUCGCUCAUUUGAAAUUGGGUAUUAACGUUCCUAAAGUUUACUGCUAUGGUGUAAACGCAUUAAACCCUGUAAGACAGCCAUUCGUCUUGGAAGAGUUUAUUGAAGGUAAAUUACUCAUGAGAGAUUGGAACCCUCUAGUGGACGAUAAGAAGGAUUCGUUGCCUGACGAUAAUUUGAAGAGUGUUGUGGAACAGGUUUCUGAUUUACAAUCUAAGCUUUUAUCAAUGCAAUUCAAUGGAAUUGGCUCUUUGUACUUUUCCAAGGAUUAUGAGAGACCCGGCGAACCUAAAAAGUCUGUUUACGACGGUGAGUCAAACCCUGAUCUACAAGGUAGAUGGAUUAUUGGUCCUACUGCAGAAAGGGUCUUUUGGAGAAAGAAGUCAGUCUUGAACAAGGAAGCUCUGAGUAAAUUUUUGGGACCUUGGUCAGCUAAUGAACCUUUGGAAGUCGUUAAGAAUACUGGUCUUGUAGAGGCAGAAAAUGCAAAGGCAAGGUUAGCUCUGAAGCAAGCUGAUGCCUCACCUGAAGCUGUGGAUGAAACUACUUUGAGCGAACAGAUCGUUAGUUUUGAAAAUUUGGCUACCGUAGGUCCUCAUCUGUUCGAUUCUGGAACCACCACUAUCCCCAAUGUUAAGGAAUUGUUGAAACCAAGAUUAUACCAUCCAGAUCUUGACCCUAUGAAUAUUAUUGUUACUGCAGAAGGUACGCCUUACUUAUUGGAUUUUGAAGGUUCAAGUGUCAAACCUUUCAUUUUGCACAAUUCACCCCAAUUUGUUGCUUACGAUGGACCAAAGAUUUUUGAUUUGCAAGAAGAUAUCCCAGAUUACGAAAAGCUUGUCGAUUCUGAAAAAGCUCAGUACGAGUUCAUGUACAAGCGUACUAGAAAUCAAUUCUUGUGGGAUUCUGCUUUGAAUGAAAGAAACAACAAAUUAAUAUCUGCCGUUGCACCACCUGUCAAAUUGCUCAGAAGCCCCUAUAUUGCCGCAGUUGAAAGAAAGUCUGAUGACGAAUAUUUACUCAUUGAUGAAGCACUAAUCCAAUUGGCUGAAGUUUGGGAAGUCUUUUACAAGAACGGUUUGGUUAAAGAUGCAAAUUAUCCUCUAACAUUCUCUAAGGAAACAUUGGAAAAACAUGCUAAUGAUUUGAAUGCGUUCCAUGAGAAAUUGAUUAGCAGACCAUUCGCUGCCACGCAAGGUUGGAUUCCACAAGAUAUGUUUGAAAACCUGAUUAAGGCGGGGAUCCUGGUUAAGGAAAGUGACAGUAGCUACACUGUCAAAACCGAAAAUCUAGAUUAA